AUGGCGUCCUUGCCGGUCGUGAUCCGGGAGGUCUUGAACAGCUUCAAGCCGCCGAAGGAAGGGGAGGCAGACUACUCCGCCUUGGUGAUCAGUUUCGCGAAGAAGUGCCGACAGAGCGCCUUCUCGGAUGCCCGACAGCAGGAGGAUGCAGUAGAGUACGAGCAAUUCCGGCAGCGCUACCCCUUCGAUGAGGAUACGCACAACUACCUGCAGACUUCGAAUCCCGACGUGCGCAGAUACGUCAUGCGGAGCUUCAAGCCGCCACGUGAGGGUGAAGCCGACUAUUCGGCGCUGCUUAUCACCUACUGCAAGCGCUGCCGGAUGAACAUGAACAACAUGAACGUGAACAAUAUGAACAACAUGGGGUCCUUCGAUGCUUGGGGGAAGGGAGGCGGAAAGGGAGCAGGAGAAAUCCAGCACGCCUUGGGGCAGAUUUUGGGAGCUGCAGCGUGGGGGUUGGCCGGCUGCGGCGGCGGAGGUAAGGGCGGCGGUGGCGGCGGCGGCGGCGGCAUGAACUUCAACUUCGGGGGCUGCGGAGGAG